CUUAGCGCUAACCAUUGCACCUGGGGCUGGGAGCCAGCGCCGGAGCCAGGUGGCCCGCUCGGCGGCUGCAGACGCUGUGACGGCCACCUGGGGGCGGCCACGUGAGCGCCACGCCGUGCGCCCGCCAGGCCAGCCCCGCCCCUGCCCGCCUGCUUCUGCUCAACCUAGCCCAGCCCUAGCUCCAGCCUCAGCUCCCCUCCUUCUCGGAUCCAGCGCCCGCACUCCCGUCCCUGCAGCCAUCCGAGUCCCGCUCGCUGUAGCCUGCACGCGAGUCCCUGGCACGCGCCUCCCGCAUCCCGGGAUCGUCCUAGCGGCCCCCGCGCCCUUCCUGGGAUCACUCCGGCGGCCCCGAGCCCCGGGAUCGGUCCAUCUGCCCCGUGUGGCCCCGGCUGCGUGCCCGGAGCGCCAGCCAGCGCGCCCCGCUCUCCGCUCCCCGGCACUCUCGGGGGGCCCGCCCGCCCUGCACCCUGGAGCUCCGGGCCGCAAGCCUCUGCCAGCUCCUCUGGAUCCUUGCGGCCGUGAGCAGCGGCUGCCGCGCCUGUCUGCCCGAGGGAGGACCUUCGCCUCUGCAUUUGCCCGGUAACUCUGGCUGUGCCGGAUACUGCUUGGGUAAGACCAGUACCCCAGGAACAUGGCAGACGAAGAUCUCAUCUUCCGCCUGGAAGGCGUUGAUGGCGGUCAGUCCCCCCGAGCUGGCCAUGAUGGUGAUUCUGAUGGGGACAGCGACGAUGAGGAAGGUUACUUCAUCUGCCCCAUCACCGAUGACCCAAGGUCGAACCAGAAUGUCAAUUCCAAGGUUAAUAAGUACUACAGCAACCUAACAAAAAGUGAGCGGUAUGGAUCCAGCGGGUCUCCGGCAAACUCUUUCCACUUCAAGGAAGCCUGGAAGCACGCAAUCGAGAAGGCCAAGCACAUGCCCGACCCCUGGGCUGAGUUCCACCUAGAAGACAUUGCCACCGAACGUGCUACUCGACACAGGUACAACGCUGUCACUGGGGAAUGGCUGGAUGAUGAAGUUCUGAUCAAGAUGGCGUCUCAGCCGUUCGGCCGAGGAGCAAUGAGGGAGUGCUUCCGGACGAAGAAGCUCUCCACCUUCCUGCACGCCCAGCAGUGGAAGGGAGCCUCCAACUACGUGGCGAAGCGCUACAUAGAGCCCGUAGACCGGGAUGUGUACUUUGAGGACGUGCGUCUACAGAUGGAGGCCAAGCUCUGGGGGGAAGAGUAUAAUCGGCACAAGCCCCCCAAGCAGGUGGACAUCAUGCAGAUGUGCAUCAUCGAGCUGAAGGACAGACCGGGCAAGCCCCUCUUCCACCUGGAGCACUACAUCGAGGGCAAGUACAUCAAGUACAAUUCCAACUCUGGCUUUGUCCGUGAUGACAACAUCCGCCUGACGCCGCAGGCUUUCAGUCACUUCACGUUUGAGCGUUCCGGCCAUCAGCUGAUAGUGGUGGACAUCCAGGGAGUUGGGGAUCUCUACACUGACCCACAGAUCCACACAGAGACGGGCACUGACUUUGGAGACGGCAACCUAGGUGUCCGUGGGAUGGCGCUCUUCUUCUACUCUCAUGCCUGCAACCGGAUUUGCGAGAGCAUGGGCCUUGCUCCCUUUGACCUCUCACCCCGGGAGAGGGACGCGGUGAAUCAGAACACCAAGCUGCUGCAAUCAGCCAAGACCAUCUUGAGAGGAACAGAGGAAAAAUGUGGGAGCCCCCGAGUAAGGACCCUCUCUGGGAGCCGGCCACCCCUGCUCCGUCCCCUUUCAGAGAACUCUGGAGAUGAGAACAUGAGUGAUGUGACCUUCGACUCUCUCCCUUCUUCCCCAUCUUCGGCCACACCACACAGCCAGAAGCUAGACCACCUUCAUUGGCCAGUGUUCAGUGACCUCGAUAACAUGGCAUCCAGAGACCAUGAUCAUCUAGACAACCACCGGGACUCUGAGAAUAGUGGGGACAGUGGAUACCCCAGUGAGAAGCGGGGUGAGCUGGAUGACCCUGAGCCCCGAGAACAUGGCCACUCAAACAGUAACCGGAAGUAUGAAUCCGACGAAGACAGCCUGGGCAGCUCCGGACGGGUCUGUGUAGAGAAGUGGAAUCUCCUCAACUCCUCCCGCCUCCACCUGCCGAGGGCUUCGGCCGUGGCCCUGGAAGUGCAAAGGCUUAAUGCUCUGGACCUCGAAAAGAAAAUCGGGAAGUCCAUUUUGGGGAAGGUCCAUCUGGCCAUGGUGCGCUACCACGAGGGUGGGCGCUUCUGCGAGAAGGGCGAGGAGUGGGACCGGGAGUCGGCUGUCUUCCACCUGGAGCACGCGGCCGACCUGGGCGAGCUGGAGGCCAUCGUGGGCCUGGGACUCAUGUACUCGCAGCUGCCCCAUCACAUCCUAGCUGACGUCUCUCUGAAGGAGACAGAAGAGAACAAAACCAAAGGAUUUGAUUAUUUACUGAAGGCUGCAGAAGCUGGCGACAGGCAGUCCAUGAUCCUGAUGGCGCGAGCUUUUGACACAGGCCAGAACCUCAGCCCAGACAGGUGCCGAGACUGGCUGGAGGCCCUGCACUGGUACAAAACUGCCCUGGAGAUGAUGGACUGUGAUGAAGGUGGUGAGUACGACGGAAUGCAGGACGAGCCCCGGUACACGAUGCUGGCCAGGGAGGCCGAGAUGCUGUUCACAGGAGGCUAUGGGCUGGAGAAGGACCCGCAGAGAUCAGGGGACUUGUAUACCCAGGCAGCAGAGGCAGCGAUGGAAGCCAUGAAGGGCCGGCUGGCCAACCAGUACUACCAAAAGGCUGAAGAGGCCUGGGCCCAGAUGGAGGAGUAACCAGGAGAAUCACUGUCAGCUAGUCCCAAGCAAAAGGGCUAGGAGGAAAGAUUUAAAAAAAAAAAAACAAAAAA